AAAUGAAGGUAGAACGUAGAAACAAAAAGAACGUAACCAAAACGACGCCGUUGCAAAUUGCCCGAUCAAUCAUAUAACACUUGGAACAGUGAACACUACCACUAGCGUCAUCUUCUUCAACAACCUCCAAUGACGGAAAAACCCUAACGGUUUCCGAUGUCAUCACUCUCAUCAUCCUUCCUCCGCCACCACCACACGCCGCUCAUAUGGACCACCGUACACCGCCUAAACUCCUCCACUUUCCGUUCCCUCUCAAUCGCCGUUUGCCGUAGCCAAAACCGCGAAAACGUGUCCAGAAAGUCACAACAACCGAGCAAACACCUGCUCAAAGCUCGCGACGCCGUGAAACAGUUCUCGUCGCUCUCGCCGUCGCUUAACGCCGCCGAUAAGCUCCACCUGUCGCCGGAUAAAGCGAUCGGAAAAGUCGCGUCAGCUCAAGCGAAUUUCAUGCGUGUUGUGGUUGAAUCACAGAAAUCGGACGAAGAACAUGAAAAACAUGAAGGACAUAACGGAUCUGGAGUUGAAUUGCUGUGUGUGGUGAGGAACUUGUUAAAGAAGAUUAAGAGGAGAGUUUUGGUAGGGGAUAAGGUGUUAGUAGGUUCGAUUGAUUGGAAUGAUAGAAGAGGAGUGAUAGAGAAUGUGUUCGAGAGGAAAACUGAAGUGAUUGAUCCGCCUGUAGCGAAUGUGGAUCAUCUGCUGGUUUUGUUCUCGUUAGAUCAACCGAAACCGGAGGAGUUUUCGGUCACUAGGUUUUUGGUUGAGGCUGAGUCGACUCGGAUACCGGUUACACUUGCUUUGAACAAGGCUGAAUUGGUAGAUAAAGAGACUGUGAGUUUAUGGAAAUCCAAGCUUCGCAGCUGGGGUUAUGAGCCAAUCAUUUGCAGUGUCGAGACCAAAACGGGACUUGAUUCUCUGCGAUUCAGCUUAAGAGACCAGACCUCUGUAAUUGUGGGUCCGAGUGGUGUAGGAAAGUCCAGUUUGAUUAACGCUUUAAGAAGCGAACACUUUCGUUUUGGGCCUGCAGAAGUGGAUGAUUGGCCUAACUCUAUUUCAGGAAGCAAAUGGCUUGAAGAUCAACGAGUUGGAGAAGUGUCGGCAAGAAGUGGCAGAGGAAAGCACACAACUCGCCAUGUUUCUUUGCUUCCAUUAUCUGGUGGAGGAUAUAUCGCAGAUACUCCUGGUUUUAAUCAACCGAGUCUACUGAAGGUUACAAAACAGUCUCUUGCACUAUGCUUCCCAGAGGUUCGAAAAAUUCUUUCGGAGAGUCACCCGUCGAAGUGUGCGUUUAGUAAUUGUUUGCAUCUUGGGGAACCAGGGUGCCUUGUGAAACCCGACUGGGAAAGAUAUCAAUACUAUUUCCAGUUGCUUGAUGAGAUCAAAAUCAGAGAAGAAUUUCAGUUGCGAACUCUAGGAACCAAACGUGAGGGUGACGUCAGAUUCAAAAUGGGAGAUAUGGGAAUCAAGCAAGCUGAACCGCGGCUGGAGCCGAAGAAACAUAGAAGGCAAUCGCGUAAGACGACAAAACAGUCUUUCCUAAAUGACUUGGAGAAUGAACUUGAAGAAGAAGAUGAUGAAAGCUAUUUAGAUGAUGAUCCAAUCAUACGAGCAAUGGAGAAUGAAAAACAGUAAAACAUGCCACUUGCUGAACAUAGUAAUUCGUAAAUACUAGGAGGUAAUUAGUUUGCUUUUGGUGUCGUCGCUGAGGAUGACGUGGCUUAAGUAAUUGAUUGGUGUGAGAAGCAAUUAAGCAAAAUCGUAUCAUAGACUACUACUAGUAGAUGUGAACCAACUCAAUGCCUAUGUCAUGCUUUUUUUGUAAAGGUUAAUGUAGAAACUAGAUCUUCUGCAGAAAAGAGACUAGUUCUUGAAUCUGAAAGUCAAAUAUCAAUCCUCUUUUUGGGAUUAUCUUGAAACUU